UUUCUCGAACGUGGUCUGUUCGUCCUCAGCACACCCAACUAGGGACGUGUGGCGGUGCGAUAACCAACCACCAAUAGCCGCUGUCUACCAAGCACUGAAGUGCGUAUGUAGUGACUAUACUAGGUAGUAUAGUAUAGCCUGUGCUACUAACAACUUGGGCUCUGUUCUGGCGUGACGCACGGCUCCCGUCCAUCUAUCAAAGUUUUAGUCUGUUGACGCUUUGUUGUUGUCGUCGUCGUCGUCGUCGUCGUCGACCAGGGGUAUUGCCAUCCUCAUCCAUCAAUAUCUACAUUUCCGCAUCCCACAUCUCGUGCAUACCCACAUAAUACAUAAUAAUCACAUGAACAGCUACUCCUCCUCGCCAGUGUACGUCCUAUCCUCAACCCCCUCCCCUCUCCCUCGCUCCCCAACACGCCUGGCCUGGCCUCGACCAACCAGCCAACCCACCGCUCGGCCUUGCUCUGCUGGUCGCGCAUUACCUCAUCUUCAUCCUUCUCCGCCUCCUUUGCCCAUCUCACCUCGCGCGCCCUCUCUCUCUCUCGCCGCGCCGCCGCUCCAUCCUGUGUCAUCUGACCGUAGGGGCUCAUCCCCACUUGCAUGCACUGAUCGACUCGACCGUAGUGCCCACAUCCACAUCUUCCGUCAUCCUCUGCGACAACCCUCAAGUUGCAUCUGACCUGCACGCCGCUUUGCCAAGGUCAUGGUGGUGAACAGCCCUCUUAGGUGAAAUCCAGUCAAGCAGCUACUGCACACUAGACGCCGACAUGUCUGGUCCAUAUCGCUUUACCCACGAGCCGGCCAGGUCGCCGCUUGACCGUCGGGCCCAAGCACCCUCCCCAGCUAACCAACCGGUAUCCUACAAAACCAAUGUGAACCGCGCAAAAACGAAGAAGUGGGUUGAGGCCAAAAAGAACGCAUAUGAUGGCGACGACUGGGGCGACUACGACGAGUAUGAUGAAUACGGCGCCGACCAGCCCCCCGUCCCUGCCAUGCCACCCCCAGCUCCGAAGGGAUAUGGCCAGCGGCUUGACCAGCCCGCGCGAAGCUUCACCGAACCACGGCAACAGCCUGCGCCGUCACACUCUGCGAGAAGGAAUUCGUUCGAGGCUGGUGAAGAGCAGCGCGCCUUCUCUGCUUCGGUCACGCAAUCACCACUCGACGACUAUGGCCAUCAGCCGUUUGGAGCCCCGCCUCAGCCGCAACCGCAAACGCAAACGCACCCUGCCUACAGACAGCCAAGUGGCGCUGAAUCUGAUAUCAGUGACACACCUCAGCAUCGAAAGGACUUUGUUGCCGCUGCCCUGCCUCCCCCACUUACCACACGAGCGUCGACAGGCCCACCGAUGGCUCCGACAUCAUCACCACCCAACACCCAAUUCCCUCCCCGCAAGAGCAGCAUAGGCCAAUCCGAUCUACCUUCCCCGACAUCGCCACGAGCACGUGCCCCGAGUAACCCAAACAAACCUCUGCCUUUUGUGAGACCUUCUGAUAUAUACAAGCGGUAUGAAGAGGAUAAGCAGCGGACAUCUAUGGAUUCGUCGAGACCAAGCAUCGACUCUUUGAACGCGGCUUCGGCUCCGCCAUCGAAAGAAGGCAAAAUCACUGAUGCGGGCAACACUCUGCAGCCUCUACAGACAGUCUCGGAAAGAAAGAGUGGGUACCUUCCUGGCCCCAACACCGCAGGAAACGAUCAGUCAUCGUCUUCUCAGUCGUGGCUUCCUCCUGUCGAAAGUAUGGUGUCUUUCGACAGCGACUUUUGGCCGGGUGGACAGCAAACGCAAUUGUCCGAUCCUUCGAGCAAUACUCCCGCCGAUCAAGGCUUUCGGUCAGUCGUAGAUCAAGCUUUUACUCGCAAUGAUGAGCAGAGGUCUGUACCGCCAACACCCAUCUCCAAGUCCGAAUCGGGUGUAUCACGGAGCAAUACAGACAGCACAGCAGGCAUUAGCCCCAUCAUGAGUCGUGUACCCAGCGGUGCUGCCUCAGCACUUAGAAAUCGCAAUCAAAAUGGUGAGGGUAGCACUCCCGUUAUAGUGGAAGAAGCAGGCGAAAGACCACCCACCGCCAAUGCCAUGGGCGGUAUCACCCCUCCCAAGCAUUCGCGCAAUAUUUCCAACACGUCGCUACCAUUAGCCACACCAAAUUCCGUGGAGAGCCCAGCCAGAUCCCCGGCUAUUGAGCCACAGAAGAAUGUUCCAGAGCCGGUGUCGGCCCAGCUGUCAACGCUUGCUUCGCCAGUGUCUGACGCUUCCACGCGAGAGGCGGAUAUUGCAAUGGCCGUUUCACAGAAUCCUAAUAUCCCGGCGCCCGAACUUGGUGCUCUCGAAAAGGAUUCGCAGAGGGCAUAUCUAGAUUCUCAUAAUUUACAGUCAACGAGUUCCGAAGCGCUCCCACGCUCCCGCUCUGAAUCUCCAAGUAAAGGCCGUGUGCAGGAGUUGGCUGGCAAGUUUGGGGAUGUAUCACAAUCGAGGCGUAACUCAACACAGUCGAAUGCAUCAAGAAACAGUCAGGAAUCAUGGGAGAAAAGCCAAGACAAUUCACGUCCGUCUUCCGUGGUCCAGGAUCCAGCGACAAGGCCCAAUGCUGAACGUGAGGCCAGCUUCAGACCUAAGCUACCUGGACAAUGGGAAUCUUAUGCAACAAGCGCCGCAACUCCAUACGAUGCUGACAAACAAUUGGGCAGCGCUAAAGAUGCAGAGACUGGUAAUCAGAAUUCCUCUUCAUUGCAGGAGGUUGAUUUUGCACCGACAACAUCGAAGCAUCCAGUCGCUUCAGCGGAGCCGUCAGACCCCUUAGCCGCCCUCAAAGUUGCUGGUGCAGCCGCGGCAGAGGCUUUGCAAGCAUCAUUUGGUGGACAAAAUUCUCAAAAUCCUACACGGGAAAUCCCCCCGGGUGAUGUGCUCCCGCGACCCUUACUUGUCGAGCGAACACCCUCAGCCAUGUCCAGUAUUCCUCCCACACCUCCCGCGAAGGACACUCCAGCAUCGGAGACACCGCCACCUCUGCCGCCGCUCAAGGGAAAAGAAGCGGGUUCAGACUCGCGACGAACCUCAGGCGCACAUGGCAACCUGGAAAGACCGGGCAUUCUACCACAACUUAGCGUUGAUCCAUCUACAGAGGAUCGUGAAAGUGAUAGACUGCGUAAGGAGAUUGUUGCAAGCCUCACUCCUAAGCGGACUUCAGUGGAUCCCACUGAACAAACUUCGUUGCAGUCCAUGUCACCACCGCCAGGUCGCGAAAGCUCCGUCUACCCAAGCGAAUACGAUAGUUACUUUGCGGGCGGAUCACCUCAGCCUACCAACGACCUGGGACUUUCCCAAACUCGUUCUGGACAAAGUGUUUCCGAGCCUCCCAAAGCGAAUCCAGAACCUCCUACAGGCGUACCAUCCCUUCUUACUCGCUUCAGUUGGGAAAACAAAGGAUCCCCAGUGCCAACCGAUGCACAGGACUCUUCGGCUACAGCACAUCAGGCUUCUCGUGGUGUAGAGGAGCACGUACAGAUCUCGUCGCCUCCGAUUGAACCCGACACUAAAGAGCAUUCCAGCCCCGAUGCCUCCCGCAGCAAUCCACCGACAACAACUGAUGAUGAGACGAAACUUUCCACGGAUCGCGUAGGAAGUCCAGCUCCAGUCGGCCUUCAUGUUGUCAACUCUGCUUCUGAUCCAGAGGCCGUUGAUCUACCCCCUCGACUCAGCGCUGAUGUCUCGCCGGCAGCGCCUCCGAAAGAAGCUACAUCCACAAGUGCUCAAGAAACCAAGACAUCUGAUGCGCCAAAGGCAUCGUUACUUACAACCCAGAUUGCCGCUAGCGGGAUGUCGGCUCAAUCACCUACGAUCAAGUCACCCAUCUCUGAUAAGCCUCUCGGAUUCCGAGAUAUCGUCAACAUGAAAUCUUCAACUGAACGUAUCACUACGUAUAACCAGACCCGCGAAUACUGGGCACAUACAGACCAUGGCUUGAGUGCUUGGAUCUCUUCUGCCCUGGAUUCGAAUCCGGAGCUCGCAUCGCAAACAAUCUCGCCAUCACGACCGACAAGAACCGCGACUUCGUCUAUACGUCAUAAACCGACUGGAUCCAUCUCAUUGUUUGGGAAACAUAUUAGUUCCUCUCAGCAGACAGAACAAAGCGGCGCAUCAUCGUCCCAUGCACCGACGGCGUCGACAUCCAGCUCAUUUUACGGAGGAAGUGGGGGCAGAAAUGCCAGUCUUCAGAUGCAGACCAAAGGCAAGGACCUGUUACACACAGCAGGUGUGCUGAGUGGCAAAGGCAUGACUGGAGCGAAGGGUCUGUUUGCCAAGGGCAAGAGCCGCUUCAAGAGCGACAAGGUGCACUCUCAAUCAGAAACUUGGUCGUCCCGCGAAGCGUCCGAAGAGCCCGAGCUCGUAAGCACUACACCCGAUCUUGAAAGAAUGUCGGUAGAUGGCAGUACGGCGAACAGUCCGAUAAUUUCACGCGAAGAAAAAAAGAGCAGGCGGCGCUUCUCAUCACCGUUCCAUCGAUCGAGCCGCUCGCGAUCGAGGCCGAGCAGUAUCAUCCUACCCGGCAGCCUACUUUUCGAUUUCACCAGCAGUAACACACCAAGGAACACACCUCCUCCUCGGGAACUUCCCCCGCCCAUUAUCGCGGAAUCGCUUGUCCAGAGUUCGUAUCAGGCACCCGACGACUGGAACACGGUACCGGACGACACUACUACCACUACUAUCAUUUCAGCGCCCACGCCCCUCGAUGCGAGGAGGCUUACAGCGCCAGAGCGAUUGGGAGUCCUCCCGUCUCCCGCAAAAAGUCCAUAUACAUUUCUACCAUACGACAGAGAAGAUGAGGGGGUGCCCCCGGUGCCUCCACUCCCCAGAGACACGCAGGAAGCGCAUGUAGUGCACGAGGAUGGGGUAGCGGGGGUGCAUGGACUCAGCCAGAGACUGAUUGAAUCCAUUGUGCGUUAUUCGACACCAGCACCGACAUUGACGGCGGAGAGUGUUGAUGCGAAGAGAAAUGAGGAAGAGGAUGAUGGUUUGCCUCCACAGUUGAACCAUGAGCCAAUUCCGGCACAGACGUUCACAGGAUCAGCCACAGUGGACGGUUCGGGCAGCACUUCACGCGUACCGCACGACAGCCUUGCCGUGGGACAAGUCUCACCGGUGCUGUCGUGCGUGGGGGCGGAUCGGUUGGACGGUGGCGAGGGCGACGGAGGGCGCGAUCAGGGCUCAGGGCAAUUGUUGGUACAAGAGCGACAACUGUCCAUGGGCGACGUGAGUCCUAUGUUCCCUCCCGUCGAGCUCGCGCAGGGCUAUCCGAGCGACGACGGCGGAUGGCCAAUGACGAGUGCGCCAGUUCCCGUACGGCGCGCCUACGAGACGGAGCUGAUUGGCGGAGACGUCUCUCCCAUCUCACGGCAGGCCAGCAGCGACGACGUCGAAGAACGACUGUGCGCACUGCCAACAACAAUGACACCACCGGUGACGCCUGGAGCGGUGGAGCCGGAGCCAUCUCCCAGCACUUCCCCACCACCACCACCAUCUCAAGCUCGCGGGCGUGCCAUGGAGGAUGCGCUAACCCCGCGUGCGGCUGAGCUGCGACCUCGAUACACCGAACGCCUGUCUGCGACGCGUAUCCAGGUCGUCCACGCUGAGCAGUAUGUGCCGUCCCGCUCGCAGUCGUCGUUUGAAACAAUCGAUCAGGACAGCUUCGUCACCCACUCGCAGUCGGAUGGCAGCCCCCUCGACGACGACAACAAGUCCAUGGACGACGAUGAGGUGCCUCUGGUGCCACAGCUCCCGCCUCUAAAGAACCCAGGCCUCCAAGACUCGCCGUCACCCGUCGCACCAGAACGGCCAAAACAACAAACGGGCCCACCAGUCAUGAUUUCCAUCACAGAUGCCUCCCCGCUAGCCACUUCGCCCGGCCCUGACUCGUUCAAGCCUAGGCCCGACCAAUCUCCGGCCGCUGAAACAUCCUCCUCCCAGCCUGCAAACAAACACCCAGAAUCAAUGCUAUCCAGGCUUUCAUCCAUGGUUUCAUCCGAACGUGUGUCCGUCUCCCCACUCUCCAGCCAGCACCUGCACUCUCGCUCUCCCAGUCUCCAUCAUCGCCAACCAAUUUCUCCAGCCAAGACUUCUCGCAACCCUGCGCAGAUCGUCCGAGGAAGCGCAACCAAAAUCAAUGGGGAUGCGCCCAGCGACGAUGACUUUGAUCUCUACGCCGACCAGGAUGGCGUCGUAAAGGAUGUGCGAGAUGAGUCUGGCCAACCGUUGCGAAUCUCUCCACCAGAGAUACCCACCAAAAUGCAAAAUCCCCCACCACCGAGGCAACCUCCCACUGCAAAAUCUGUUGAAGAUGAUCAAUCUCGAUAUAGCCUAGAUCGCCCAAUGAGCUUUGUAUCAGGACCCAGGGAUUCCAAUGGCCGACCGCAGGAUCAGAUCAAUCGUCCCAACACUGCAAGCAGCGAGCGACUUGACCCUUCGCUCCAACGCUCACCACAAAACAAAUCCACCAAUGGCGGUGCUUAUACCGCAUCGUCCCUGGGCCAGCAAGUUCCACAAACAAAUGGACAGUCAGACCACAAUUCUUCCCCGUAUCCACAACAUGGCGGCAACCCACAACCUAACGAAAGGAUGGCUCCUCAUGCUCCUAUGGGAUCGGGAUCGAGCUUUGCAGUAUCACCUGAACAAGCUCCCAUCCAAGCCCAACACUCAGCAAUCACUAGACUGAACCCGCCGAACGAGCAUUCUCCCAAUGUUCCGGGGACUGGCCAAAUACAGGAUCCCCGCAUGGUAUCAGAAGCUCAAAUGCGCGCCACUGGGUCCGGUCGAUCGUUUCCUCAAGAUUUGCGUUUUCAAGGCCAGGAUGUGCAACGAAAUGCUGCUAUACCAGGCCAAUAUUUGGAUGCCCAUCAAAUGCGUGACUAUCAAGCACAUCAAUCGAUGAUGCAACAAGCGGUGGAUCCACGCUUGCAACAGAUUCGACAACAAAGCUAUGAUGACCCCUACAAUCAGCCCACCUUGCAGCAGCCUUCAAGGAAGGAAGAGAAGCCGACAUCUCGACCAAAAAUUUCGUCGGUUUUCAAGAAUUUAGGCAAGACGAAUGCAAAGACUCCAAGUCCACCUCCUCGGCUCCCACUAUUGCAACCGUCUCAACCCGACUAUAGAAGAUUGUCAGCCGGCGAAAAUUCUAGUACUGAAAAUGGACAACCAAGCAGUAUACACCAGCUGCAGCCAGGAGACCUUGCACAACAACAGCAGCCCGGGCUGAGGAAGGAAAGGAAAUCGGGAGGGUUCACUCUCUUUCCCACUCGACCCGAAAGUACAGGCACCGCGUCGUAUAUCAGCCAUGAGAGUACAAGCGUACAGCCUGCAGACUCUCGCUACAACUUGACCUCGCCGGAGUUGCCAGCCAACUUUGUGGGGAUACCACCUCAGCAACCUCCACCAGCGCCGUUGGAUUUUUCAGACCCUAGAUUCUCUACACUCAACGUCCCGGAACCUGGGAAGAAAAAGCGCUUCUCGGCUCUCGGGAAUUUAUUUGGCAGGAAUAAAGAGGACAAGAAAGCCCUUAAAGCGAAAAAACACAACACUCUCCCGCCAAUGCCGCCCGGUCAACCAUGGCCUUCACAGCAGCAAUCGAACAGUCGCACUCAUCAUCAGAGCAUGCAAUUCGGGUCAUCUCCACCGGCGCAUCCGUUUCAGGGUAUGCAAGCUGCGCCACCGCCGACCGUCAGUACAAUUCCUCCGCAGGGCACGUCAUCGCAUAUGCUGCCGCAUCAGCCCGUCCAGCAAAUACAACCAGGCUUUCAGCAACCGCUUUCUCAGUCCCAUCAUCAACAAGAACCGCAACAAUACUCUUCGCCGCCAUUGCAUGUGCAACAGCAGCCGUCGCACUCAGAGAGGUCGGCAUACAUCGAUUCUCAACAGCGCGCCCAGCAACAUCAGGCUGCCGUGCUAACGUCUCAGCGGCCAGCUGAAAAUAUUGGGGUGACCGGUCAUCCAUUGAAUCACCAACACCUAAGCGUCAAUCGGAGUGGAGGCACGGCCCAAGCCCCCCCUGAAGGAUAUUACAUAUCCGAAACUAAAUUAUUACCAGAUCAUCGACAGGGUACCCCCCAAACGUCCGCGCAACAAAAUUUUCCUCCUUCGCAGCAGCAACGAGCUCCUGCCACGCAACCACCUCAUCUCUCCAACCAUCAAACUGCGCACGGCCCAAAUGAUAUAACUUCCAUAUCGCAGCAACACCGCAAAAGUUCGACGGCCAACGAGCCACGCUACGAAACACCUGCCAUUCCUGCUGCCUAUGCGCCAGUUUCAGGUGCUUAUGUUUCGCCUAACGUAGAAGGGCCGCCGCCGCCCCCUAACAUGCAAUCACGGGAUCGGCAGCCUUCUCCGACUUACUUUCAGCGCCAAUAUUCUGAGCCGCAAAUGCAACCUUUGUCACCUCAGGUCUCUGCCCUUACGCAAGCACCCACACCAACCGAUCAUCGCCAUAACUCGGAAUCAAGUUCUGUAUCGCUCAUAUCUCCAAUCUCCACUUCACCCCCCAGCAUGACCAAUUCUGUUCCCGUGCCGAACCAAAAACCGCAGAAUCCCAGGAUGAGUAGCAUUACAGAACAGUCGCAUGCAGAGCGACCCUGGAAUCUGAACCUGCCGCAGGGAGCUACCGAGCAAGAGAUAGUUCGAGCACGCCAGAGGCAGUACAUGGAACAGCAACUCCUCUUUCAAGAGCAGCUCUACGCCGAGAGGACUGGGAGGUCUCCUUCACCUCGUUCUAAUACAACUCAAUCCUCGAGCCCCCGACCAUCCCAACAAGGAUUUGCUCACCCACUCUCGCAAAACGGAGGGUUUCGUGAACUGAUGCCUCGCAGCUCACCGCAGCCGUAUCCAAGAGCUCACUCUUUGCACCCGCGGGCUUCCAGUGACAUGCUUGAUCCGGAAAAGGAAAUGCUGGCCCGGGCGGCUGCACAGAAAAGCCCAACUCCUAACCGAGUACCAACUCCAACAUCACACCCUCUUCCCAUGUCGCCGGAUCCGACAAACAUUCACAGUCCCAUAAAUCCUAUCGCCAGCUCGCUCCCACCGCCUGCACCUCCUGAUGUCGCUCAUCAUCCGGUUCCCGAAAACUUCGGGAGCCAGCAAGCUCAAUUAUCUCAAUCCCAACAACGCAUUCAUCAACACUCGCCUCGGUAUGAAGAACAUAUAGCACCAGACGAGCAGUAUCAGUCGCCGGUUCACCAUCCAACUCAGCAUGGAGAGCCAGAUUACGAGCACUCACCUCCCGCCGACCAACCACCUCCGUACUCUGGACCCACCAUACCAAAUGUCGGCAUGGAGAAGGAGCGCCAAGACCGGCAUCGCCCACCAAACAUUGUAACCAACACCGACGAGUACAACAACCAACUGGAGUUCCGACAACGCCAAAUUUCCAUUGGCAUGUUACAGCAUCCGCAACCUGCCUCCAUGGCUGCAUCACCCUCUCCAUCCUCCGCCGAUAUGGGCGCUGAGUCUCUGCGCCGCCAACUCCUCCACCAAGAAGAAUCCGAGCGGCAAGAACGACUCCGUCGGGCCCAAAUACAACGCGAAGAAUCAUUACGAGAGCGCGAAGAACGUGAAAGAGCUCGUGCCCGCGCUCGCGUCCUCGAACGAAGCGUGUCAGGCGGCGGUAGAGUGCCCAGUCUCAGAAGUGAUGCUGGUAGCACAAGAGCAACGGGAACCGGUUGGGAACGACGGAGAGGAAGCACCUCGCGCCCCGUAUUCGAGCUAUCUGCCGAGGAUGACGAACCUGUUAUGCGCGCCACCAGUUUCCCCGGUCAGGAAUGGGUGCCCACCUGGACGGAUGAUUAA